AGUUGCAAUUCAGACAUAAACCAGCGGUGAUCAAUCAAUCACUAUUGUUGUGACAAUUACUUUUGUGCUGUGAUAUUUAAAGUUUCUAAUAAUUAUAAUUUAUUAUAAACAUGAACAAAGUUUCAUCAAAUAUCUAUUUAGAAAGAGAAUCUUUAGAUCAGUCUGUUGUAGAAAUAGCUCAAUCAUAUCGCUCAAUCUUACAAAAUGUUGGUGAAGAUCCAUACAGAGAAGGACUGUUGAAAACACCUGAACGUGCUGCAAAAGCUUUACUUUUUUUCACAAAAGGUUACCAGGAAGACUUGAAGGAUGUGAUAAACGAUGCAGUUUUCGACGAGAAUCAUGAUGAAAUGGUAAUUGUUAAGGACAUUGAAAUGUAUAGCAUGUGUGAACAUCAUUUAGUUCCAUUCUUUGGUCGUGUGACAAUCGGAUAUUUGCCAAAUAAGAAAAUUAUUGGUCUGAGUAAGUUAGCAAGAAUCGUUGAAGUUUUCUCUCGUCGACUUCAAGUACAAGAAAGAAUGACGAAGGAUAUAGCUGAAGCAAUUGAUUCAGCACUUUCGCCACUUGGUGUUGGAGUCGUCAUCGAAGCUUCGCACAUGUGCAUGGUCAUGAGAGGCAUUCAAAAGGUCAAUUCUAAAACUGUAACUAGUGUAAUGGUUGGCGAAUUUAAGAAGGAUCCUAAGACACGUGACGAAUUCUUCCGUUUAGUCAGAACGUAAUGAUUGUGAUUUGCAGGUUGUGAUACUUAUGUCCUCCCAUAGAAUUUGUGCGAUUACUUUUAGUUUUGACUUAUGACGAAUUUAUAUUUCAGAGGCUUUUAAUAUUGCUUAUAAUUAACUACUAAAAUUUUUUUAUAUCUCUUCUGUUUAUUAUUCUUGGUUUUAUUUUUCAAUUAAUUACAAUAAAU